UAAUUUCGGUGGUGCAGCAGUCUGAAUCCUCAUGGCCACGAUCAUGAUUUCACCAAAGAAAGAAGUAAUCGUAGUAACAGAAAGUGUAAUGUCAAGCACAACCACAACCACUCAGCCGGAAACCCGUAAGUCCGCGGUCGAAGAGUUGCGGGCUAAGGUUAGUCAGUUUUUGGAACGAGAACGACUCAUCAUAGAAGGCAAAGUGCCGCCACUAGGCUCUGAUGCCGAGGACAGCGACGAUGGGGAACUACUUGACCCAUCGGCCCAUAGAAACCAAAAGGGGGCCUCCAAAAGUAUCCAGCAGGAUUGCUGUGAAGACUCGACGUUCUAUCAGUCCGACAAAUACCAGUGUGAAUGGAUUGGUUGCCAGUUUCAGACUGGGAAGCAUCGGAAGUUUAUGGUGCACAGCGAACGGCACGCUGCGAAAGUGGACAGAGAUGACGAUGGCUUCAAAUGUAACUGGCAACUGUGUGAUUUCAGUGCGAAGAGCAAGGACGAUUUCGUGGGCCAUGUGCACCACCACGCUUAUCAUACGAAGCUGAAGAUGUCCGGGGCAAGAUUGGUAGCAAGCUUAAAUAUUCCCGUGUGCGUCUAUAGAAGCGACAAUCGGAACAACAUUCCAAACAACACGAACUAUAAGUGUGCGUGGAGAGACUGUCGGAUGCGGUUCAACAAGAUAAUGGACUUUGGCUUUCAUGUAGAUUCCCACUAUUCCGAUCUAUAUGCAAUCAGUACAAAUGCUAGGAAAAAGCCCCCUAAAUGCCAGUGGUCAGGAUGCAAAUGCAAAUCUAUCCGCAAAUUAUGCCAGGCUAAGAUACACGCUCAGAAACACACGGGUCCGAGGUUUAUUGCAUGCCACAAUUGCGGUCACACCUUCAUCCGUCGUGAUUUGCUAAUCCAGCACUGCAUGCGCCGGCUGGCCCUGUGUAACUCGAGUAAAUCAAACUACAAAUGCCACGAGAUCGGCUGCAGUAUGGAAUUUAUCAGAAAAUCCACAUUGGAAAGGCACAUCGGUACUCAUUACAACCGUUCAACUUCGUACUAUGAUUCGAAGCAUCUUAAGCGAAAACAUAACGUUUCUUUAACACCUGGAAAAACCAGCGAGAACGACAGCAGCGAUGAAGAGUCGGCCAGUGGUACACCAAUUAGGUCCGUUAUCAGCCCGAAAGUAGAUCCAAAGGAACCAACGCAUACCUCACCCCGAAAACGGACGCAUACCACGUUGCUCAAUUACUUUUCUUCGGCCACAACCGCUCAUCGCGAAACGCCUGGAGGCGGAAAAACUGAAACGCGCGGAGUAAAGCGUCGUAGAAGCGAAUUGGAACUAUUGAACAUAUAGAGACGUAUAUGCGUGUGAAACGCAAAAAGUGUUGUUUUGUUUGAAGAUAUUCGCUUUGAAGAUAAAAUAAAUUUCUGAAAA